AUGGGUCUUCAAGGAAAGAACAAAAUGAUGCGACAAAACAGCACAGAAGAUGUUAAUCUUGACCAAUUUCUAAAAGUUUCUAAUUAUGAAGAUACUGUUAGACAAUUAGAUAUAUAUUAUGGAAUGGUGAAAAGGCAACUGCUUAGAUACCAAAGCCCAAUAACAGGUCUUUUUCCAGUUUUUUCAUCCGACACUGAAGUAGGAAGUGUCAGAGAAAGUGUUUACUGUGCAGCAGCUGUAUGGGGCCUGUAUCAGGCGUAUAGGCGAAUAGAUGAUGAUAGAGGAAAAUCUUAUGAAUUAGGGCAGUCUACUGUAAAAUGCAUGCGUGGAAUAUUAGAAUGUUGGAUAAAACAAGCAAGAAAAAUUGAAUUGUUCAAAAAACAUCAGUGCAGUGCACAUGCUCUACAUGUUAAAUUUCAUUUGACUACAGGAAAUGAAGUUUUUGGAGAUGAUGAAUACAACCAUUUGCAGAUUGAUGUUAUUUCUCUUUAUUUGUUAUUUUUAGUCCAAAUGAUUACUUCAGGAUUGCAAAUUAUUUAUACACAGGAUGAAGUGGCAUUUGUUCAAAAUCUAGUUUAUUACGUGGAAAGAGCCUACCGAACUCCAGACUAUGGAAUGUGGGAGAGAGGAAGUAAGUAUAACGAUGGGACUCCAGAAAUCCAUGCUAGUUCCAUAGGACUUGCAAAAUCAGCUCUGGAAGCAAUAAAUGGAUGUAACUUGUUUGGAGAAAAAGGUGCUUCGUGGAGUGUUGUAUAUGUAGAUAUUGACGCACAUAAUAGAAACAGAAGUAUUUUUGAAACAUUGUUGCCCAGGGAAUCUUGCUCAAAGGAUGUUGAUGCUUCGCUGCUUCCAACAAUAUCAUUUCCUGCAUUUUCAACUCACGAAGAAAUGUUGUAUCAGGAAACAAAAAGAAAUAUAGUAGAUAGUUUAAAAGGAAAAUAUGGUUUUAAAAGGUAUAUAAGGGAUGGUUUUAAAACUGAAAUUGAAGACCCUGGAAGAAGGUUUUAUGAAAAGGGCGAAUUAAAAAAUUUCGAAAAUAUAGAGUGUGAGUGGCCACUCUUUUAUAUAUUCAUGAUAAUAGAUGGGUGUUUCAAAACUCUCCCAGAUCAAAUUCAGGAAUACCAAAAUUUGUUAAAAGAAAGAAUAAUGUUAGAUCAUCAUGGAGAUCCUGUGAUUCCAAUGUCCUAUUAUGUUACUAAAGAAAAUGUUGAGAUGGAACGACAUCAACCAAAUUCAACUGUUAAAAAAGCUGACACAGAUGGAGGGCUAUUUUUAUGGAAUCAAUCGAUGUUCAUAUUAGCUCAACUUUUAACUGCAGGUCUUUUGCAUAUCAAUGAACUUGAUCCAAUUCGUAGAUACUUGCCGUCAUAUAAUCGUCCAAAAAAAGGCGGAAGGUAUUCAGCAUUUCAGGCAAAAUCGAGUUUUGGUACUGCGACAGAUUUGGUGGUCCAAAUAGUCCUGAUAGCCGAAUCUAUGAGACUUCAGGCGAUGAUGGCGACUUACGGCAUUCAGACGCAAACUCCUCAUGAGGUAGAACCCGUUCAAAUUUGGUCAUCAACUCAACUCGUCAAAGUCUAUGAAAAUCUUGGAGUAAAUCAUAAGUUGGGCUUGAAAGGAAGACCUUUAAGACCCGUGGGCAGUCUAGGCACUAGCAAAGUCUAUCGUAUUGCAGGAGCGACAGUUUUAUGUUAUCCCCUUAUAUUUGAAGUGUCCGAUUUUUAUCUUUAUAGAGAUAUGGCACUUUUGAUUGAUGAUAUAAAGACUGAAUUGCAAUUUGUUGGAAAAUAUUGGCGACUCUCUGGCAGACCUACAGUGUGCCUAUUGAUAAGGGAAGAACAUAUGAGAGAUCCGCAAUUUAAAGAAAUGCUUGACUUAUUGGCUAUGCUGAAGAAAGGUUAUUGUGACAGCGUUAAAGUUAGGAUAGGAAGAUUGCAGAAUCUUAUUUCUAGUUCUUGCGUUGAACAUUUAGAUUUCAUGAAUAAUUUAGAGAAUCAAGACGAAAACUAUUCCCUUUUUCAACAAUUGGAACAUGAUUAUAUCGGAUAUCAAAGUUUGACAGAUGUUCCUCGAAUUCUUAAUUUUCAAGAUGAUGCCAAAGAUUUUACUCAAUUUUUAAGCAGUUCGACCAUUGAAAUAGUCAAAAUUCUAAAUGCAUUAGAUAGUACUUACGCCAAAUGUCAACUCUUUGGAGUCUUAUUGAAGAGGGAAGGUAGAGAUUACCAAGUUGGAAAGCAUACUGUCGAAGAACAUCUUCAAAAAUUGUACCAUCAAGCAGGAUGUUUGAGACACUGGGCAGCUGUUAGGUACACUAGCAGUUUGUUAAAUCAUAACGUCGAUUCGAUUAGUCCAUUCAUUACUGCCCUUUUGGUACAUGGAAAACAGUUAACAGUGGGAGUCAUAGGACAAAAAGAAACUGUUUUUGACAAACCUAUGACCCCAGCAGAAAUACAGUCAGUUGUUUACAACACAAUACAACCUUACGAUGUCAUCCAAGCUGUAUUACAACAAGAAAUUAUCUUAUAUUGUGGUCGUUUGAUUUCGACAAAUCCAGAAUUGUUCAAAGGAAUUCUAAAAAUAAGAAUCGGAUGGGUUUUAGAAGCCAUUAAACAUUAUUUAAAAAUAUUUGGUUUCGACAAGAAAAUCGAAGAUCAUAGUCCUUAUGAAGUCAGACAGUUACUGUAUAAAGUUUUGUCGAUUAAAGAUUGGGGUAAUAAAGAACAGCUAACCCCUCGUCAAAAACGUCAGCUGGAAGGUUGUUUAUGCAGAGUUCCAUCUUCAUUUUACAAUCAAGUUUGGGAUGUCAUGACACGCACGCCAGAGGGCGUAAAAGUAGCAGGAAAUCUAAUACCGCAACAGCCAACCUUAUCCAAUAUGACGAGGUCUGAAUUGACGUUUUCUCUACUUGUUGAAGAGAUGUUGAAUCAUGUCCAAAAACCCGAUUACAGGCAGUUGAUAGUUGAACUGCUAACAAUAGUUUCUACAAUAUUAGGAAGAAAUCCUGAAUUGACUUUUAGUCAGCCAUUAGAUUUGGAACAGCUUGUAAGAGACGCUGCCCAUGUUUAUGCAAAAGACAACGAUAUGGAUGACGAAAACAUAAUUUAUUUAUUGGAAAUUUCGUACGUAAGAUCUACAGGUUAUUUAGCAAGAGCUGUAGUGAAUACGGUGCUCAAAGGUGGGAAAAUUUCGCAAGAUUUGGAAAAUGAUCCAGAACCAUGCAAAAUGUCGUAA